UUGCGAGGUCAUCUGGAAUUUGGCAGUUAAUGAAAUAGGUGUAGCCAGCGUGUCAGCGGACCUAUAAAGACCGGCCGAUCGGCUCUUCUUCCUCAGUUGAAACACAGAAAUUGCAAACGAUACAACCACUUUGCUCUGUCUACUCGCCUACACCCAACAAUACAAAAUGUCCAAGACUUGUAUCGUCAUGCUUUGCCUCGUCGCCCUCGCCAUGGCUGUCCCUCAGCCGGCACCGCAAGUGCGAGCCCUCAAGUUGGACCCCGUUUGCCUCCUGCCUCCCAUUGCGGACCCCACCAAGAAUUGCAACAACUUCUCCGUCAGGUGGUACUUUGACGCUGUCGAUGGUGACUGCGAAGACUUUGUCUAUUCCGGAUGCGGAGGCUCUGCGAACGUCUUUGAAAGCGAAUUUGCUUGCGAGGUCCGCUGCGAGCACGUCCAUGAUCGUUUGAACAGCUUCGAGAGCGCCGAAAGCGCUGAAUUUGUUCUUGGAAAAUAAGCAAUGUCUUUUCUCAAUGUGCAUGUAAUUGUUACCUGUUUCGAGGAAUUUAAUUUCAAUUAAUUUUAAUAAUGGCUUAUCGCCAGCUCAUAUUUGUUGACAUUGUAGCAACCAGUCUGUUAUAGCCUCAAUGUAAUCCGCUUAGCUCACUGUUUUCAUUAGAAUACAUACACGAAUUUUGUUUUUAAAAACUA